AUGGCCGCGAAAGCUCCAAUUUCCGGCGGAUCUGGGGAAAUUCUCCAGAUAUCUCCCUCACUUCCCGUCAAGCCUGAAACUUCGUCUGCAGCCGCCGCGUCUUCGCAGUCGUCUCAACAGCCACCUUCUUCUUCCGAUAACGAUUGUGUCUACAUACCAAGCUACUCCCGGUGGUUUUCGUGGACCGGCAUCGACGAAUGCGAGGUCAGGUCCCUGCCGGAGUUCUUCGAUUCGAGAUCUCCGUCGAAAAACCCUAAGUUUUACCUCUACCUGAGGAAUUCAAUCAUCAAGCAGUACAGAGACGACCAUCCUCAGAAGAUUAGCUUCACCGACGUCCGGAGAACUCUCGUCAGCGAUGUAGUCUCAAUUCGUCGCGUCUUUGACUUCCUCGACUCAUGGGGGCUUAUCAACUACUCCAGCUCCGCCUCUGCUAAGCCGCUCAAGUGGGACGAAAAGGAUGCCGGAAAAUCCGCCGGAGAUGCAGCCUCUGAGCCUCCUACACCGGUCAAAGAAACCGCCAAGAGAAUCUGCAAUGGCUGCAAGGCGGUUUGCAGCAUCGCUUGUUUCGCCUCUGAUAAGUAUGAGUUAACAUUGUGUGCGAGGUGCUAUGUUCGUGGUAACUAUCGUAUUGGUAUCAACUCGUCGGAGUUUAAGAGGAUCGAGCUUAUUGAUGAGUCAAAGGCGGUGUGGUCAGAGAAGGAAACUCUACAGCUUCUUGAAGCUGUGAUGCACUAUGGAGACGACUGGAAGAAGGUUGCGCCGCAUGUUGUUGGUAGAAGCGAGAAGGAAUGUGUUUCUCAGUUUGUCAAGCUUCCGUUUGGGGAACAGUUUGUGAAAGACUCUGACUCUGAGGAUGGUUUUGAGACGUUUGAUCAGAUCAAGGGCUCUGCUAAAGACGGUUCGUCUCCUAAUAAGCGGAUGAGAUUGACGCCUCUUGCAGAUGCUAGUAACCCAAUCAUGGCUCAGGCUGCUUUUCUUUCAGCUUUGGCUGGGGCAAAUGUUGCAGAAGCAGCAGCUAGAGCUGCAGUGACAGCUUUAUCUAAUGUAGAGUACGACGAGGCUGAGAAAAUUGCUGGUGGAGAUCCAAAUGGACAAGAGAUAAAUGGUGAAACCACUAGAGCUUGGGUUGAUGCGAAAUCUGCGAUUGAGAAGGAAGAGCAGGAGGUAGAAGGAGCCAUCAGAGAGAUUGCAGAAGUUGAGAUGAUGAAGAUUCGAGAUAGGAUUGUACAUUUCGAGAAAUUGGAUUUGGAAAUGGAGAGAAGCCGGAAUCAACUGGAGGAGAUGAAGAAUCUGCUUUUCGCUGAUCAAUUAAACGUCUUCUUCCACACAAGAAGAGCCCGGAAAGCUGAAGAUAGAGUGGAGAGUGUUGGAAGUUAG